CCCUCUUUCCCAAACCCCACUCUCUCUACGCCUUUUAAAUUCAACUCAAACAAACAAACUGUUACUAUCAUUGAAAUCCUUAUUUUUCAUCAACCAUGGCUGAGCAAGUUCCCAACACACUGCCACUUGCGGAGGACCAAGUGGUAGUUACUGAUGUCGCCGCCGCCGAACCUGCUGACAAGGAAACACAACAGCCCAAGCCCGAGGAGGAAAAGCCCGUGGAGGCUGAAACUGAGGUUUCUAAGCCCGGUGGUGGUGAUGAAGUUCCGGAAUCUGGUUCGUUCAAGGAAGAGAGCAACAUCGUUGCUGAUUUACCUGAUGCAGAGAGCAAAGCGCUGCAAGAGUUCAAACUUCUUGUUCAGACCGCGCUCAACAACCAUGAAUUCUCUGCGCCUGACAAUCCGCCGCCGCAAGGGAGAAAAAAUUCUGAUGGCGCGGAAAACCAGCCAGAUAAACCUUCAAAACCACCAGUUGCUGAUGUUGCUGGAGAGCCUGCGCCACCACCGGAAGAGGAAUCUGAUGAUGUCAAAGGCAGCGAUGAUGAACCUUCAAAACCACCACUUGCUGAUGUUGGUAAAGCGACGGUGCCACCACUGGAAGAAGAAUCUGAGCCCGCCGCCGCCGCGGAAAAAGAAGAAGCAGAGGCUGUUGCAGGAGGAGAAUCAGAAGUGAAGGAAACAACAACCAAGGUGGUGGCUGGUUCUGCUGUUGAUGAUGACGGAGCCAAAACGGUUGAAGCUAUUGAAGAAACCGUUGUGGCUGUUGCUGCUGCUGCACCGGAAGAGGAAGCGAAGGUGGUGGAGGAGGAAGCUAAAGCUUCACCGGAGGAGGUCUCGAUUUGGGGGAUUCCGCUUCUUGCAGAUGAAAGAAGCGACGUGAUUCUGCUGAAGUUUCUGCGGGCCAGGGAUUUUAAGGUGAAGGAGGCGUUUGCCAUGAUCAAGAGCACGAUUCUGUGGAGGAAGGAGUUUGGAAUUGAUGGAUUGCUAGAGGAAGAUUUGGGGGAUGAUUUGGAGAAAGCUGUGUACAUGCAUGGUUCUGAUAAGGAAGGUCACCCUGUGUGUUACAACAUCUAUGGGGAGUUUCAGGACAAGGAGCUUUACAAGAAAACUUUCUCUGAUGAGGAGAAGAGGCAGAAGUUUCUGAGGUGGAGGAUUCAGUUCUUGGAGAAGAGUAUCAGGAAGCUUGAUUUCACUCCUGCUGGUAUUUCCACCAUUGUUCAGGUCAAUGAUCUUAAGAAUUCUCCUGGACCUGCUAAAUGGGAGCUUAGACAAGCAACCAAACAGGCCCUUCAAUUGCUUCAGGAUAAUUACCCUGAAUUUGUAGCCAAACAGGUGUUUAUCAAUGUGCCAUGGUGGUACUUAGCAGUGAACAGGAUGAUAAGCCCUUUUCUCACACAGAGAACCAAAAGCAAGUUUGUCUUUGCAGGCCCUUCCAAAUCAGCUGAGACCCUUCUAAGAUACAUAGCACCAGAGCAGCUACCAGUCAAGUAUGGUGGACUAAGCAAAGAUGGUGAAUUCGGAGUAAACGAUGCUGUGACUGAAAUUACAGUGAGGCCAGCUGCAAAGCACACCGUGGAAUUUCCGGUUACUGAGAACGGCUUACUCUCUUGGGAGCUCAGAGUAAUAGGGUGGGAUGUGAGCUAUGGUGCAGAGUUUGUGCCAAGUGCAGAAGGAAGCUACACUGUGAUCAUCCAGAAGGCUAGAAAGGUUGCUUCAUCAGAAGAGCCAGUGCUUUGCCAAAACUAUAAAAUUGGUGAACCUGGGAAAGUGGUUCUCACCAUUGACAAUCAAAGCUCUAAGAAGAAGAAGCUCUUGUACCGGUUGAAGACCAAGCCAACUUCUGACUGAGAUUCUCAUCAUUGGUAGUUCUGUCAUGCACCCAAGAUUUCAAAGCCAUGAAGUUUUUGAAGUUUUAAUUUUAAUCAUGAGUCCCAAGCAUAUAUAUACUCUUUUUGCUUUUCUUUAAUAUUUAUUAUUAUUAUUAUUAUUGGAGGGGAUCUUUUCAUUUUUGAAUUCUUAUUAUUGAUAUAUGGUAUGCAAGAUUUAUAUUACUCUA